AUGGUGGAUAAAGAUCUUAAGAAUGAUGUGGUAGAUGUUAAACGUGGGGGAGAUAUGAUCAUUUCCUUAAAGCUGGUGUUAGAUACAGAAGUGGUCAAUAUUAUUAACGUUUAUGCCCCCCAAGCAGGGUUGGAUGAGAGCUGCAAGCUACAAUUUUGGGAACACAUGGAUGAAUUAAUGCAUAGUUUUGGACCAGAUGAAAAGAUUAUUAUAGGAGGCGAUCUAAACGGUCACAUUGAUAAAGAUAGGAGAGGUUAUGUGGAGGUGCACGGAGGGUAUGGAGUUGGGGAGAGGAAUGAGGAGGGAACCUCAGUUUUGGACUUCGCAACCGCCUACGAUCUAUCCAUUGCGAACACUCUUUUCACGAAAAGGGAAGAACACCUAAUUAUCUACAAAAGUGGACAACAUUCUAGUCAAAUAGACUUCUUCCUCACUAGAAGGUCUGACAGAUGGAUGUGUAAGGACUUUCCAAGGUCUAAGAACUUGGAAUUGAUCAUGAGAUUAACCUCCAUCAAUUCCAAUUAG